AACAGUCGUCUGUGUCUAUAAAUAUCUACAUAAUGGAAAAGGGAAGUUAGAUGCUGAGUCGUCGUCUGACGCGUCCCUCCGUCUGUUCGUCCAUCCAUCUGCUGGACACAACAACAUGCUGACGCUCCUUCUUCUCGUCUUUGUCUCCAUCGUCACAGCAGUCCACGUGGCAGGGGCGGUCACCAUGGAGACGGUGGUGGGCGUGGCCGGUGGGGAGGUGGAGCUGCCUUGUCGCUUGGAGGCAGCAAACCAGGAAGGAGUGGACGUGUGCUGGGGGAGGGGAGAGCCAUCACUGCUCACCUGCCACGAUGCUGUGGUCCACGGCGCCGGACACCAGGUGUACUACAGGAGGUCCCACAGAUUGUCUGUGUCGUCCUCCUUUCUGUACAUCAUGAAGUCCCAGCCUUCAGACGCUGGUUUCUAUCACUGCAGGCUUCAGCUGCCCGGACUGUUCAAUGAUCAAACCUCCACCGUUCACCUCAUCAUCAUCAUCAGCCCUUCCUCUGAAGUGAUCGACUCUUCUUCAAAAGAAUCUUUAAAAUCCUCAGACGGCCAGGAAGCUAGGAACCUGAACGCACCACACACUGAUGCAAGUUACAGCACAGCAGUUGUCAUGGAAACAGGAAGGGAUGGCAACACCACAGCGGCACAGGUGGCACAGGUUCAGUCCUCUGUCCGGCAGCAGCAGAUGAACAGUCUGCAGUUCUUCAUCUGUAACACAGUGAGACUUUGCUUCAUCAUCUUCAUCCCUGCUCUGCUGCUGACGGCUGCUUACAGAGUGUGGAGGUUAGAGCAGAGGCCACACUCUGACAGGAGGCACGGGGACGGGAGCAGCUACUCUUAGACUGGAACCAGUGAGACAAGUGUCACUGCGCUCAGGAGCUCCAGUUCCAGACUGAACCACUCUGUAAAGAUCCCACUGUUGAUAUCUUAUGUUAUGUAAGACCUUUUUUUGUAACACCAGGUAUCUGGGGUGACAUACAGUAUAUGUUCAUGUCAUUUUAUUAGCAUUUACAAUAAAAAUGAAUUGUUGACUUUAAUAAA